AUGAACUGCUGGAUUAUUAUUCCAACACUGGCUUGCACGAUCGUUGUCAUCGUGCGUUCAGCCCCUCAGUGGGGCUAUAUGUCCUACGAAUAUUUCCACGAGUUCUACGAUCAUUAUGGCGAAGAUAUCCGAAACAAUAUCGAUCACAUACAGCAGGUGCACGAAAAGCACCAUGAAAAUCAGCACGUCGCUCACGAGAAAUUCCAGGAACAUUACUACGAUUUCAGAGAAAAGCAUCAAGAAGGAUCAGAGCAUUACCAAGAGUCACUCGAGAGGGCGCAAGAGGACCAGCGGUCUACUACAGGAACUGAGAAGAAACAUAUUAUUUCCCAUAAAGGUAAAAGAAUUUUGUAAAAUAAAAAAAAAACCCUUUGAUAUCACUGUAUAAGGCUCAUUCGCGUCGCCUAACAAGCUCCAUUUUGUCUGGAGUAUAUAUUAGAGAGUUAAAUAAUUGUAUAGAUAGAUAGAAAUCUAUAUUUCCAUGUGGUAGCUCUUUUAGUUUUUGAAAAAAUUAAAAACUGCUAUCCAUAGAAGCCAUACUUGCGUUUUUGGUUGGGAGAAAGUCUCCUACCGUCGGUAGCGCUCCGUUCUCGAUCGACGAGUGACUUUUUAUUAUAAUUCCUAAAUGGAGACUAGUUGGUUAAUGAAUGAUGAACCUUUUCAGCCAGCUAAAGCCGUUUUCAUGAUAACAAGCGUGGACUUUCGCGCUUUGCUCGCGACGCUCAAUCUCGUCCCCAGAUCUCUUGUCGCUGACGCAGACGAAGAUCUACCGCUGACGGCUGUGUUUCAACCAAAUCACCUAAAAUCAUUUCUGCUGAAAAUGUUUGAUCCCAAUAGAACAUUACCUUACAUAUAUUCCAUAGGUUCAAGCUCAAUUGUCCAUAGUCCAUAGAUUAGAAAACACUGUUUACCCCUUUUUGAUAGCCUGGAACAAGCUCUGUUGAUGCCAAAUCGUAAAACGAUCUUUCUCACUAGCCUAUCGUUUUUACGAUUCAAAUCUCACAGAUGUAACGUUCAUCUUGUCUUUGUAUUCAUUUUUCUUUUUUAGAACCCGUUGAAGGUUUGUUUUGCAAACCAAAUUAUCGUUAUAUAUACCAUAAAAUUUCGAAAAUAAGCCCCUCCAAAUAUAAGCCCCCCAAAAUAGUAACGCAAAAGACCCUCCGUUAAAUCGCCCCUCCAAAUAUAAGCCCCCCGGGGGGGCUUGUACUUGGAAUUUGCCCUCGAAUACAAAGUAAAACGAAGCAAAAAUGGCAAAUUUACUUCCAACUUUGAGGCUAGCCCAAUCGAUUUUGAGACGCAAAUUUCCCUCCGUACAUAAGCCCCUCCAAAAAUAAGCCCCUCAAAAAGGGCCUUUGAAAAAUAUAAGCCCCGGGGCUUAUUUUUGGAAUUUUACCGUAAUUCACCAUCUGAUUUUUUGUUUUCUUUCUUUACUUUUUCUCUCCCUCUUCCUCUGGUAUUGAAGAUUUUACCGAUCCAGAUAUCUACUAUAGAGCUUUAGAUUCGAGGACGAGGACACUACGAGGACAACAUUUAAUUUUAAGUUUUCUGCCCUAUUCUCUAAAAAUAGACACCCCGGAAAGCUUUAUUGUACCUUUUUCCACCUCAAAAGUUGACACGCUUAUCUCCGUUGAAGGAGGUUAAGCCCUCGCCCGGUCGUAAAAUGAUAAAAUUUCUAACAUUUGCAGUUAACUUGUUUUCGCCACUACGACACUCUCGCUAAAACUCGUAGUAGACAAACGACGGCUAAAACAUUUUCUCGCCAAAAUGACGUUGGUUCGCGCGCGCGAGCGCAAUACUAAGUAGGGAGUUUAAGCAGCAACCUUUUUGAGCGACGCAUGUCGACCGGAAGUGAGGGUUUUUUUCUUUUCAUUUAUCUUGACGCUAUCAAAUUUGCAUUGCUAAGUUUCUUUACUCUAAAAGAGAGGUUUUGCCAAAAAAGUUGUUCAAAUUAACGGAUGAAGAGUUCAAAAAGGCCACUUCCGGUUGACGUGCGUCCGUCAAAAACGUUGUUGCUUAAACUCUCUGGUAUUGGGAAAAUCUCGUACUCGUAGUCGUGCUCGUCUCAGAAUCUAAAGCUCUCUAAUAUCCGGCUAACCUCACUGGUUUGUUGCUGUGGCUUUGCCUUCAAAAGCGUUUUUUUUUUUAACAAGCUCUGAGUAGACUAGUUUCCAGUUAUUAAAAUUCAUAUUUGGCUUAAGCUUCGAGACUGAGGGUUUUAAUCGCAUUGAUAUUCAGGGAUGAACAAUUCAUUUCUUUUGUUUUUUUUGCCCUAAGUAUUGGAGUCAAGUAUAAAAUUUGAUAAUUCGAAACUGCAAGAGUCGAGGGACUUCCCUCUGCGCACCAGUCCCUAGCUUUCGCGGCUCACUUGCGUGAUUCUCAAAUGCAGCACCUGCUCGCUAUAAAUCUUCAACUUCAUGACAUGAUUUUUAUUCAUCAAAAUCAUCCGUUUUUUAGUUACUCCACAGAUAAGUGCAAGGGAAGCAAAUUCUUUUCUUCAAAAAUAA